AUGAACGACCUCCUCAACUUCAUCCUCUCUCUCGAAGCGUUCCGAAAGAACCGCCUCCCAUCCCUCUACUCCGACUUCGCCAUCCACCGCAAAACGAAUCCAGACGGGUACGCCGUCAACGUCGCAGCAUGGGAGCAGGCACUCACAAAAGCCGCGCGCGCCGGCCACAUCGCCCCCCAUGGCGGGUCCAACGUCAAGUCCUCCUCAGACCCUCACCACCGGAAAACCGACCACCUUAUCCUGCGCGUCGACCAGUCAUUACUGCGCGAUCUUGAGACGGCAGAGUGGGGUCGGCCUGUGGCGCUCGGGGCUGUUUUUGACGAGGCGGUUCGCAAUCGGAGUAUGGUGCCCGUGCAGGUAUUUCGGACUACGCCGGGUUGUCUGCGGAAGCCGCAGUGGAACUUGAUUGACCCGAGUGCUCUGAGUCCUUGGAAUGUGAUGAGCUGGGGCAUGAAACAGUUGAAGGGGGCGGUUGGGUUUGGGCUGGAUACGCAUGCGUUGCAGGCCCAGGAGCUGGUGUUGGUGGGCAACCUUAUGGAAGCUGCGGACCGAAUUGUGAAACAAGUUAUGGGACAGAAGCCAUCCAGGACGGAUCUUAUCUACUCGAAAGAAAGCUUUGUGAAUGCAUUUGCCGCGAUAUUUGGCGGGCAGAGUGAGCUGUCCGACGCCGAUUUCGAUGUGCUAUUGCUAUAUCUCUCUCGCGAGAGCGGCGCCAUCGCGUACGAUGGCAAGACCGUUAAAUUUAGGCCCUCAAAUGACGCUCCCAAAGAGAUCACCCAGCAAGAUAGCACCAUCGCCUCGAUUAAAACCCUUAUGUCCACGAUGGAGAAACAAGUGGACAGUUUGGAGAAGAAGAUUGCAGAGCUGAAUGCGACGGCGAAGCUUGCGCUACAUAACAAGAACCGAAUCUCGGCGCUCUCAGCAGUCCGCUCGAAGAAGCUCGCAGAGCACAAUCUCCAGCAGAGGCUGGACACCUUGGCACAACUCGAGCAAGUCUAUGUGAAGAUUGAACAAGCGGCUGAUCAGGUUGAGUUCGUGCAAGUCAUGGAGGCAAGCACUGGUGCUCUUCGUGGACUCAACGCCCAGGUUGGCGGUGCGGCCAGGGUUGAGGACGUGGUAGAUGAAUUGCGAGACGAGAUGUCCAAGGUGGACGAGAUCGGAAACAUCAUGAAUGAGGCUGGUCCUCAGAUUGAUGAGACUGAGAUUGACGAUGAGCUCGAGGAGCUGGAAUCCAACGAGCGACGCGCCCAGGAGGAAGCCGAAGCAGAAGAGACGCGCAAGAAGCUGGCCGAGCUGGACAGUCUCGAACAAAAGGCGAACGAGGCUGCGCGCACAGCUGUGUCGGACCAGGACGUAGAUGCUGCCUUACAGGACAGCAUUGGGAAGCUGUCACGGAUGUCGGUAGAGGAAGAGCCCGGGACCACAGCACAGUGA